CUCUAACUCCAUGUUUAUCAUUGGACCACAAACUUUAAUUUUUUUUUAUUUCAAUAAUUAGUGUUGUUUUUUUUAUUAAGUAUUAAAUUAAUCCAAUCUUUGUUCCAAUUCAUAUUGUAAGUAGGAGAUGUCAAUAACAGAUAUAUUAUUAUUAUGUGGUGUGUGAAUAUAAAAGUUAAAAAGUUGUUCCAUACUUUUGGCAUAUUAACAAACAACUGAUAUACAACAAAAUUUUUAAAUUAAUAUAUACGAAUUAAUAAAAGAAAAUUAUGUUGCUGUUAUAAAAUUGUUGUAUAUAAUUCUUCUGGAAAUAGAAAUAAAGUUUUAAUUCUGGAAGGGGUAAAGGAAUCGUGUGUUUAGAAAGGCUACAAAAAUCUCAUUCUUUCUCCAAGUUUAUUUUUAUAAAAUGACGCAAUAAUAUUUUGAAAAAUAUCACAAUGACCAAAUGCGGAUGGGAAAACUUUGAUAACUGGAUUCAUUGCAUAUGUGUUGUGACUUUUGAUUUAGAAUUGGGACAAGCGUUAGAGGCAGUAUACCCUAGUCAUGUCGAACUAUCAGAAACAGAACGAUCUAAUGUAUGUUACUUGGCAUUUCCUGAUUCAAAUUCUGGAUGUAUGGGUGAUACUCGAUAUCACGUGAGAAUUCGGAGAAAUUGCCUAGAAUCACAAGAUAAAGAUGCCAGAAGAGAUUAUAAUCGUAAAUCUCCUCCUUUCCUACAAUGCAAUGAAAAUUAUUAUUGGGGGUAUAUUUAUUUUCGGCAAGUAAAAAAUCACGAUUUACCCAGAGGAUAUUUUCAAAAGAGUGUUGUAAUAAUUUCAAUGUUGCCGUUUGUUAAUCUCUUUGGUGAAUUAUGUGCUUUAUUAGCACAAGAAUUUUUUCAAUCUGGAAAUACUAUUAUGGAAGUAGCAAUCCGGGAAAUAGAUCAAUGGCCUCCACCAACACCAGGUGAACUGAUUAAUUUACCUUUGCUUGGAGUUCUCUUUCAGACGUAUAUUCCGAAUGAAAAUUAUAAAGCUAACAUAUCAACAAUCACUGGGAUAGAUAGUCUUUCGCAAUCAUCUAGUAUACAACCUGUACGUAGACUUAUUAUUGCAUCAGCACUUGAAGAAGAUAUGUUUCAGAGUUUAUUGAACAUAAUGAGUCAUGUCCAUUUACUGUGGGAGCUUGUUUUACUUAACGAACCUAUCGUAGUUAUGGCAGGAUCUCCUAAAACUUGUUCAGAUAUGGUUCAAGCCCUUGUAGCAAUGAUUGUGCCUUUUAAAUAUUGCUCUGAUUACCGUCCAUAUUUCACAAUUCAUGACUCUGAAUUCAAAGAAUAUACUUCAGAUGCGACAGUUCCUCCGGCUGUUAUUCUCGGGGUUACCAAUCCAUUUUUUGCAAAAACACUUCAACGAUGGCCACAUAUAAUAAGAAUUUGUGAUAUUACGAAUACUGAUAAUAAAAAAUAUAAAAUCAAAAAAGUUGAUAGUCUAAAAAUACUCGAUUCAAAACCUGGAGUUUAUACAGAGUAUAAAACAUUUUUACAAAAAGAUAAAACUCUAUUGAAAAAGCUCAUCCGAGGUGUCCAAACAAAGCGUCCAAGAGAAGUUCAAGCUGCAUUACUUAAACGUCAUUUAAUGGAUUUAACUGAAAGUUUUAUGAUUCCACUUGAGCGUUAUAUUGCAAGUCUUAUGCCGUUACAGAAAAACAUAUCACCGUUUAAAGCUACUCCAAUACCGCAAUUAUUUAAUCCUGAUGAUUUUUUGGCUACGGUUAGUACUGCUGGACCGCAGUUGACUAUAGGGAUUAAAGGAGACUGGGUUGGACUGUAUAAACGAUUUUUUCGAGCACCAAAUUUUUCCGGAUGGUUCCAUUCUCGAUACUCAGAACUCACUCAUAAAUUACAAGCACUACAACUUGAAGCGUUGUCUCAUGCGGAUUUAAAAACAUGGGUUCAAGAUAAGCAAGAAGUUGAAGUUAUCGAUAUGAUUUUGAAAAUUCGACAAAAACUGGAAAUAAGUCAUAGUGAAGAUGUACCGACUACUCAAGCAGUGCGAGUAAGACUUGGUGAACGUUUGAACGAUAUUACACAUACACUGCCUGAUGAUUUGAAAACUAUAUUGAAACAAGAAUCUUGACAUCGCCAUUUUUAUUACCUUAAAUAUACAUUUUUUUUAUACUCCAUCGAUAAGUUUUUUGGGACGAAGUAUUCAAUUUAUAGAAAAAUCAAUUGUUAUAAAAAUCAGCAACAUUUUCUAUGUUUUAUAAAAGUAUUGCUCGAAGAUGAUACCUAAUUAUGUUAAAGUAUACUUGUAAUUAUAUUUAGUAAAAUUUUAUUAACAGUUGAGCA